AACCGAUAUCCAUUACCCAAACGGAAAACAAUCAAAAUAAAUUCUAUCCAAAUACAACUCGGUCGCGGUUUUCAUUCUUCUUUUUUCUUCCUGGAAAACAAGAUCUAUACUACUACUAUACUAUCUUUUAUGAUCGUAUGUGAUAAUAACCCAAAGUUCACCCUUUUUUCUCGCUUUAUAUAUUCCAAAUACUCUGUCAUUUAAAUCUCUUCAAAUUCUAAAACUGAGUUUUAAUUUGGGCAAACAAAAUUUAGAAGAAUGGGAAAAAAUCAAGCUUACAAAGCUAUGCAGCGAGCGAGGGUUGGUUCUAGCUCAGCCGGACCUGAAGAUGUUGAUGAUGGAAUGGUGGAUGGUUCUUUUCAUACACCAGAGUGGCAUGCUGCUCGUUUGGCAAGCCUUAAAACUUCUCAUACAGUUACCUGGGAAGAGUUCAAAAAGAAACAGAAGGAAGAAGAAAUGAGAAAAGGUGAGCUAGAAGCAGACAAAGAUAAAAUGAUGAGGGAAUACAGAGCUCAGCUAGAUGCUGAAAGGGCCAUCAAGCUCUCUCAGGGGAGGAACCAUUCCAGCAGUAAACACAGCCGUAAAAAGGAUAAGAAGGACAAAGAUACAAAGAAACACAAAACCAAAAAGAGAAAGCAUUCAAGGAGAUAUUCCGAAUCUAGCUCUUCAAGUUCAUCAUCUGAAUCUUCAAGUUCUGACGAUGAUGAUAGAGAAUCCAGAAAAUCAAGAUCGAAGUCCAAGAGAAGGAAGAAAGAAAAGAAGCACCAGUCGAAGUCAAAGCAAUCGACCAGUGAUGAUGAAGAAGCUGAUGGUCCUUUGCCACUGUCUAGGUUCUUUGGCAGCAUGAAGAGCUAAUUUCUCAGUUGACAUGUACUUGUACUCUUUUUUGGGUCGACAUUGGAUAAGAUAGAUCCUUUUUAUUGAUUAUUAUUAUUAUUGUUAUUAUUGUGUAAUCAAGGAUCAUUGGUUCUUCAAGUAGAGUUUUGUAUCCUGGUUUUAAAUGAAAUUCUAUGUCUGUAUCGAAAACAAUUGUAGAAAUACUUUCACAUUCCAAGCCUGCAUUUAGCAUUUUACUAA